AGUUGCUUCUGUGCGCUUUCAUUGUGCGGUUGCUCGGCAUUUUUUGGGACGGCGAUCAUCGCGUAUACGUUAUAUUUUGUGGUGCUACAUUUGAAUUGUAACGAAAUGAAAAUCAAAGUGUCAUGUCUGCCGCGUUUAAAGUGAAUUCUUAUUGUUUGGCAUUGGCAUUCAAUUUGCAUUGAAUUGAGCCUCAAUCAACGGUCAUUUCCACGACUUCAAUUGGCAAAAAGAGAAAAAAACAAAAUAUUACAAACACUACAAUACUACACUAGCAAUGUAAUUAAAAUUAUGUCAGCAUAAAUGUAUGAACACAAUUGGCGAAUGUGUGCUUUUGAUUAUCAACAUUAAAUAAAUGCCUCACAAAAUCAAUAAACAAAAUAACUAAAAACAAACUCAAAGCUAAUUGCAUUCUACUGCAAUAAUAAAGUGUUCGUGCGUUGUGUGUGGCCGAGUCAUUAUUUAAUUACUAUUAUUAUAUCUAUUAUAUUUGGAUAAAAUUGAAACCGUGGCUGUAAUUAAUUUCUUGUUUUGAGUAGCGACAGAAAAGUGUAAAAUCGUUUGGCGCUAAAUCCAUUAAAUAUUUAAAGCCACCGAUCAUUGAAAUAUUCAUACAUUCUAUUGUCAAACAUAAGAAAUGCGAAAGCUGUGUGGCAUUAAAAUGCAUUGCAUCUCAUAAAUAAAAGCUUGGUUCGGCGAAACGAAUUUUUGGCUUAGCCAGAAAUUCGCGCUGCUUUAACAAAUAGACGCUACUUUGUCUUAAAGGAGAAUCUAGCGUCAGUAAACAACAACAACAACAACAGCAACAAUAAAAACCAAAGCAACAACAAAUAACAGGAAAACACAAGAACAUUAUGGAAUCGGAUAUAUUAUUUAGCCAACACGACCAUGAGGAGCUGCUGCCCGGCGCUGAAGAGGAAGCUGAAUUUGAGCGUCUUUACGUUGCGCCCGCGGAAAUUGUGGCGCUGCUUUCCAUCUUCUACGGCGGCAUUAGCAUUCUGGCUGUCAUUGGCAACACGCUGGUGAUUUGGGUGGUUGCCACCACACGACAGAUGCGCACCGUAACCAAUAUGUAUAUUGCAAAUCUGGCAUUCGCGGAUGUCAUCAUUGGACUGUUUAGCAUACCAUUUCAGUUUCAGGCCGCGCUGCUGCAACGCUGGAAUUUGCCAUAUUUCAUGUGCGGCUUCUGUCCCUUUGUGCAGGCACUGAGCGUGAAUGUCUCCGUGUUUACGUUAACUGCAAUUGCCAUAGAUCGACAUCGAGCCAUAAUUAAUCCAUUGAGAGCACGUCCCACCAAGUUCGUAUCGAAGUUCAUAAUUGCUGGCAUUUGGCUUCUGGCGCUCCUCUUUGCCGCCCCCUUUCCCAUCGCCUUUCGGGUGAAGGAAAUAACCGACCGUUUUCGAGAGAACGAUGUGUACUUCAAUUUGACUCGACCUUUUUGCAUGAACAAAAACCUAACGGACGAGCAACUGAAGGUGUAUCGAUAUGCUCUGGUCUUUGUGCAGUAUCUGGUGCCAUUUUGUGUGAUUAGCUUCGUCUACAUACAAAUGGCUGUCAGAUUGUGGGGCACUCGAGCACCGGGCAAUGCGCAGGAUUCGCGCGACAUCACGCUGCUCAAGAAUAAGAAAAAGGUCAUUAAGAUGCUAAUUAUCGUUGUGGUCAUCUUUGGGCUGUGCUGGUUGCCGCUGCAGCUCUAUAAUAUUCUGCACGUGACGAUUCCCGAAAUCAAUGACUAUCAUUUUAUCAGCAUCGUUUGGUUCUGCUCCGAUUGGUUGGCGAUGAGCAACAGCUGCUAUAAUCCGUUCAUCUAUGGCAUCUACAACGAGAAGUUCAAGCGAGAAUUUAACAAACGAUUUGCGGCUUGCUUCUGCAAAUUCCAGACAAGUCUCGAGCAACACGAACGAACCUUUUCGAUGCACACGCGCGCCAGCUCCAUACGCUCCACCUAUGCGAACUCAUCGAUGCGCAUACGCAGCAAUUUCUUUGGCGGUCGCAGCAGCAGCAGCAACGGUGGAGGAGGCAAGGCAGCAAUAGCUGGUGUCCAUAUGAAUCGCAAUGGUUACCAUGCCAAUGGCAAUGGACAUGGACAUGCUAAUAAUGACAAUAGCAAUGGCAAUGGGAAUGGAUUGGCCAACAGUGGCUAUAAUAAUAAUGGACAGCAUCAGACUGUCGUGACGUUCGCUGGCUCAACAAUGCCGCCAUGGCGACGCAACAACUUCAAGCCCCUGCAUCCCGAUGUGGUUGAAUGCGAGGAUGAUAUGACACUGAUGGAAUUGCCCUCCACCAGCGAGGAGUUGCCCUCAAGCAUUGCCGGAGCGGGAGUGCAACUAGCACUACUCAAAGCGGAAUCACGCGAGAGUUCCGGUUGCAUUUGUGAACAGGAAUUCGGCAGUCGAACGGAAUGCGAUGGAACCUGCAUACUCAGCGAGGUGUCCCGGGUGCAGCAGCCGAUGUUGGCGCGGCAUGGAGCGAACUGUGCUUGCAAAUCGGAAGUGGAAACUUUGUGGCAGCCACUGUAAGGUUAAGUGAUGGGAGUUUUUUGUGGGCUUUCAGUCUGUGAUUUCGUAAUAAUGAAUUGUGAUUACAAAUACAAUGAGGAAGUUGAAUGAGGAAUACAAAUAUGGAUGCGUUUGCUAAAUGAUCGUUAUAAGCUGGAAACUUGCGAAUCCCUGUACAGUAUUAUGAACAAAAAAAAAAAUAAAUAAAAAUAAAUGUAUUCAACUUUUGCAUGUCGAAUUAUAUUCUAGCUUUAAAACACACAAAAAUCAAUUUUCCAAAACAUAAAUUCUAGUAUUACGAACUAAUGUGUAUCUAUUUAUGUAUGUAUGAUAAAGUGUCGAAAUCGAAUUAAAAAUUCCGCAGCAUUUGCUAAAUAAACAAACAUCGAUGUAUUUUUAUUUACAUACACUUCUCCCCCGCCCCAAGUAAAUUUCUCACCUCUCUUUGCUUUAAUUAAUAGGCACAUGAAAUCAAUUAAAUAGCAUUAAAACGUAAAUUAUGAAAUUAGUUUUUAAACAACAAUGAAAACCUAUUUAUAAAUAAAAAGAUACAUAUACAUGU